GAUAACGUAGCGCUUCCAUGUUCUUGAUAUGAAACAUGCUAGCUGACGGUACUCUAUUUGUAUUUUUUUCCUUGUCGUUACCCCGGGGAUACAAUUAAAUCGACAAAUAAUGUCUUCAGGAGAAACGGUCAAGUGGAACUAAUGUUUUGCAGUCUAUGUGCCAACCGAGAAUAUGUUUGUGGGACCUUUUGCGGAAUUUACUAUUCACUAAAAUUAUUCCGCAAAUUCACGCCCAACAUUGCUGAGAGCUAGAAGUAGUGAGCACUACGACUACGUAAAAUGCGCAAAUCGACAGCGGUGGUCUGUUCGUUCAUUGAUAAUAGUUUAGCAGCGUGUCUGUCACUGGGCGGUGGUAACAGUUAAGCCAUUUGACUAAUGUGCUUUAUGAAGAUAUUUUUUUUACAUUAAAGCAGCUUUAUGUAACGCUAGAUUUCUGAAUUUCAACAGCCAUUGUCGGUAACAAGAGCAGAGACACACCAUCUUCAAGCUAACAAUAGCUAUUACUAGCUAAAACUGAAUCAACGCGAUUGAUGUGUGUCAUCUUUUGACAUCACCGUUAUUACUCUUCAUUUCUGGGGGAGAUUAACUGGCGAAAAUGGCGACACGGAGGAUCACACAGGAAACCUUUGAUGCUGUUGUCAGGGAAAACAUGGAGGAGUUUGAGAUGGCUCCUGAUGAGGCUUUGAAGGAGGCUGUGGAGCAGUUUGAGUCUCAAGGUGUGAACCUCAGUUGUAUAAUAAAAGCUGUACCAGCGGUAUCAUGUGAUGGCAAACAAGAAGGUCUUACACAUGAGGUCUUACAGGCUUUGAAUUCCCUCCACAUUGGAAAAGACUCUGCCAGUGUUAAGGAAGUGACCGCAGACUUAAAAUGCUUCACAGAGCAUUGCUCACUUGGAUUUCCCCAGAGGUACCUGGCUGCUCAAAAAGACGCCUACCCCGUCAUCCUCUCUUACUGCAAAAAGAGUGUGGAGGACCAGGAAUCUGUGUUGACCGCCCUGUCCGCUCUGGCUGCACUUACAGAUGGACAGCCAGACUUGUUGGAUGCAGAGGGCCAGCACUUCCUUUUGAAUGUCCUUACGAAGUACAAGGCAGAGUCGUCUGUGACACGUUUAGCCAUCUGCACUGUGCGUCAAUGCUGUUUGAAACAUGAACAGAACAGGCAGGAUUUGGUAAAAGGUGGCCUCCUGUCUCUGCUGACCGGUGCCGCUAAACAACACAGUGGAAAUGCUCAGAUUGUAAAGGAAGCCUCUGCAGCUCUCAGGAUCAUGACCUUUGACGAUGAUGUCCGGGUUGCAUUUGGGCAUGCUCAUGACCACGCCAAGAUGAUUGUUCUUGAGCACAAUGGACUGAAGGUUUUGAUUGAGGCUGCGAAAGCUCACCUUGAUAAUACUUCUGUUCUGAGUGAGGUGUGUGCAGCUUUGUCCCAUCUGGCUGUAAGGAAUGAGUUCUGUCAGGACAUCUGUGAUCUGGGAGGAUUAAAACUCAUCAUGUCGCUGCUUGCGGACAGCUAUGAGACACCGGAGUUAGUUCGGCAGGUCCUUAGUGCAAUACGAGCCGUAGCAGGAAAUGACGAUGUGAAAGAUGCAGUUGUUAAUGCUGGUGGAGUCGAGCUCAUUGUCAUUGCCAUGAACAGACACAUGAACAACUCUUCUGUGUGUGAGCAGGGCUGUGCAUGCCUCUCUGUCCUUGCAUUGCGUAAACCUGAAAACUGCCAAGUCAUCAUGGACUAUGGGGGUGCCUUGGCUGCUGUGCAGGCUAUGAAGACACACACUAAAUCGAUCAAUGUGCAGAAACAAGCGUGUAUGGUGAUGAGAAACCUGGUUGCACGUAUGAGUAACUUAUGCCAACCAAUCCUGGAGAUGGGCGCAGAGGCCCUGAUAACCCAGGCACUACAGACCCAUCGAGACUGUGGGGAUGUUGGUAAAGCAGCCCUCAGAGAUCUGGGAUGCCAAGUGGAACUCCGAGAGCUAUGGACCGGCAAACAUGGCAGCCUCACCCAGUAAAACUAGAAGAGAGCAACACUGUACACCAUUACCAUGAGCCUAAAUUGCAUUUCAGACAAGAUAAAAUGUUAUGUUGGUAUACAUGGCCAAUAUUUAAACAGAUGCACCUACCCAGCUAGACAUAUUUGUUAAAAGUAGUUGAUGUAGAAAAGACUUGUGAGCAUGCCACCAGUCCCACCAAACGCCUUUUGAGAGGUUGAAUAUGUUUUCCAGUCUUUUUUUCUGUUUAGGACAUGUACAAACAGGUCAUUGUAGUCCCGUUCCAAAUGUUCUGAUGCCCAAUUUUAUAUAUGUACCACAUUUAUGUUAAUAAGAUGUAAAUGUUUUUUUAUUUGUUCCAUGGGUAAAUAUAAAUAAAUGUAUUUGCUGCUAUGCAAACAGUUUAA